UCUAAAAGACCCAUCGGUUGGGUGGAUUUUAACCUGGAAAUUUCGUUCUACACCUUUGGGUGCCGUUCCAAAAAUUUCUGAAUUUGGCUACGCAGCUGAUCAUUCAGUGCUAGAGCAGUGGGAGAGAAGCAUGGAAUGAUUGUGGAGUGCAUUGGAAACAAAGCAAGGGUGAAGGGAGGCUGAGGUCACUAGGCGUCUAGGUAGGUUGCUUCUGAAGCAGUCCACCAAUAACAUGGAGAGGUCCCCUUCAAGCUCUCCAGUCUCACCAGUCAGAUAGUCACCCUUGUCCUUUAAUUGUUGGUGUGGUGUUGCCUCAUGCCAAAACAACUCCUGAACCUCUUCGUUUUCCCACCAUCAUCACCAGGGCUAUUAUAAAGGGACGACGCCCGUGGAUCCCCGGCGGCAAAGCCAUGGCGUUCUUCAACGGCGGGGGGCGGGCGCCGGGCGAAAUCUUGACGAGGUUCCAGAGUGCUUAGUAGAGCUGCGGUGUUCAAUGCUUAGUCCUGAUACCGUGUCCAUGCUUGGAUGUUGCAGCGCCGAGAGACCAAUGCCGGUGGAUCACACCUUCUUCGAGUUCGGAUCAGUGCGAUACCAUGUACAGGCCUCGGCAUCGGACCCCGAGAACGUGUAUCUGUCGAUAUCGACGCCGUCCCUCUCCCACGAGGCGUCGCCGUCGACCGGCCUGCCGGAGUUCACGCUGCAGGAGGCGAGGAAGAUGUACCACAAGUUCGCGGAGAUCGUGGAGCCGUCCAAGGAAGGGUAUGCUCUGACCCUGAAGCUCAACUUCUCCGGCCUGACCCGGCCAAAAGAUCGCGCCAAGGCUGUUAGGCAGGUGUCGCUGCUGCAGUCCGUCGUCCUCGGGUCGCAGCUGAAGCACCUGCUGGGGAGCCUCGGCUCCUCCGGCGCCACCAAGCUCGUGUACAACCACCGCGACCCCUUCUUCGUCAGCAGGACGCCGGGGAAGAUCAAGGCCAUUUUCCCCAUGCGUUUCCGGGACGACACGGACAUAGCCGUCGCCACCUCCUUCUUCCAGGAGCUGCAGGACGCAGGGAACUCGUACGCGAAGGCGCCCAAGUGCAGUUGGUCGGCCAUCCCGCCGCCGGAGCUGCGCGGGGAGUCUGUGCAGCACCUCACCACCAACGGCGGCUUCGUCUCCUUCGACAUCUUCGAGCGGCACGUGAAGCGGAAGAGGGCCGCCAAAACGGCGUGGAUCCUGCUCAACUUCCAGGCCUACGUCAAGUACCACAUCAAGUGCACCCGAAACUACAUUCAGAGCAGGAUGAGAAAGCGGCAGGAGAGCUUGGCAGAGGUAAUCCAAAAUGCGAGGCUAAGGGGAGGCGAUGACAAGAAGAAAUCACAAGUGAGGAAGAAGAGCAAGAGAAGACUGUUCAGCCUCGGCAAGGCCAAGAAACUGCAGAAGGGUUUCAGGGCUGUCAUUGACGGGAUCAAGCGGCUCCGGCUGAGAAUCAGAGUGAAAGCUCUGGACCGGUUCAGGCGGUGCUUCGUCGUGCCCAAGCUCGCUACGAAGAAGCAUAAUUACCUCAGACUAGGAGCAUGAACAAAGACCCCAUUCUGAUGUCAGGACACACCCUCAAGCAUGGGCAAUCAGAUAAGGAGGCGGUAAUCCGGUAUAUGAAUUUUCUUCAGGACAAGAGCUUUUUUGCAGGUUGUUUUGGUGCAUGUACUUACAUGCUAAAAGCUAGACAUGACUUAGCUGUAUUUCUAGGAGGAUCUAGAAGUUCAUGUAACCUACUGACCAGAGAAUGGACACUUGGAUAAUUAUAAAGAUCGAUGCCGCACAAGGGAUUCAUGCUG